AUGAUUGCAACAUGGGGUGAGGAGUUCCGACCACAGUUCAAGAAAAUUGGAGAACUGGUGACCCUCUUUCCAGAUGCCACACAGGUUGCGCUGACAGCAACAGCAACAGAAAAUGCAAUUACUGGCAUAAAAAAAGACCUUAAUAUGAAGGAACUUGCAGUUAUCAGACAUAAUCCUGACAGACCUAACAUUUUCCUUGAAAUCAGACCCAGACCACCAAAUAUCAGAAAAUUUGAAAAAUAUGAUGCCCUCAUAGGCCCCUACUGCAAGGAACUUCAAGAUCAACGUCAAAAUUUUGAAAUGAUAGUCAUUUAUGUUGACAACUUGGACUGUAUGGGUUAUGCCUAUCGAUAUCUUGAGGCAAAAAUGGGAGAUUCCCAGUACAAUGGAUACGAGCCAAUUCCAGAAAACCGCAUAUUUGGCAUGUACAACUCAAAGUACACAAAAAAGAUGAAGGACCACAUUGUAAAAGAACUGCGGAAAAAGACACCUGUGGUCAGAUUAGUUCUUGCAACCGUUGCUCUUGGAAUGGGACUCAAUGCCCCUUCCAUUUCAAGUGUCAUACACUUCCGCCCUCCCACUUCUUUACAACAAUUCUUCCAGGAGAUUGGGAGAGCGGGCAGGAGUGGGCAACCAUCAUCAGGUGUUAUGUACUAUAAUAAUUCGGACAUAGCGAAAAAUCGUACAGGGAUGACUGAUGAAAUGCGGGAAUACUGUCGCAGUCAAAUAUGCCUCAGGAUCACUCUUGUUAAGUACUUCUUGCCAAAAUUGAUGGGUCCCGGUCAGCAUGAUCUCGUUGUUCAAGAAGACAGGAACCCUCGUAUUAGUCGUUGCAAUCCAAGAGGCUCUCCGGAUACUGUUGCGUCGUGCAAGUCUUUUUAUAGUCACCAUAGGCCUGCCAGUAAUGCUCCUUCUUCACAUGCUCCAGCACAGGCUCUGAGCAAGAAUCGAAACAGCAGUGACAGCCAGUCUGAUGACAGUAACGGUGACGAGGAGUGGUUUCCUUCUAGUGUUCAAACGGCCGCUACCAGCAAAUAUCGAGGUCGUGUCAGAAGAUAUGCAUCAUGUUCUGUCCCUAGGGUGAAAAGUGCCCAGUAA